AUGGGGGAUGCACGGGGGAAGGGUGCUGCUGGUGGUGCCGCUGCAGGUGCUGCUGCUGGUGCUGCUGCAGGUAGGAUGGGAGGAGGAAGGGAGGAGCGGAGGGUGGGUUGGGUGGAGGAGGAGGAGGGCGAUGCUAUGGGGGAGGAAAGGGGGGAGGGUGCUGCUGGUGGUGCUGCUGCGGGUACAAUGGGAGGAGGAAGGGAGAGAGGGGGGGGGGAGGGGACGAAGAGGGCAGCCGUGCGGCAGAUCCGCGCGACUGGGAAGCCCGUGGCGAAUGCACACGGGACAGCCCGCGGCAAACGAGCGGGACGUGCAGAGAUGGGCGCGAAAUGGUCAGAUUUCAGCGCGGGAGAUGCAGAUCUGGUCGCGCGGAGGGCAGAUCUGGUCGUGUGGAGGGCAGAUCUGGUCGCGCGGAGGGCAGAUCUGGUCGCGCGGGGUGCAGAUCUGGUUGCGCGGAGUGCAGAUCUGGGCGGAGGGCAGAUCUGGGCGCGCGAAGUGCAGAUGUGGUCGCGCGGAGUGCAGAUCUGGUCGCGCGGAGUGCAGAUCUGGUCGCGCGGAGUGCAGAUCUGGGCGCGCGGAGGGCAGAUCUGGGCGCGCGAAGUGCAGAUGUGGUCGCGCGGAGUGCAGAUCUGGUCGCGCGGAGUGCAGAUCUGGUCGCGCGGAGUGCAGAUCUGGUCGCGCGGAGUGCAGAUCUGGUCACGCGGAUGCAAUGACAAGAGGCGAGCGUGCAGAGGUGAUGCAGUGGAGGGGCAGUGGAGGGGCAGUGGAGGGGGCGAUUGGCAUGCGGGGUGGCCCCAGCAGCGGCUGCCUGUGCACGCUAACGCCUCCUUGCCUUGA